AUGUGGAAGGCAGAUAAAUGGGCAAAGAGCAGGGAGGCCCGCGGAGGCCUUAUACCGACGCUGAAGACGGAUGGCGGGCUCGUAGAGACCGCAGAACAAAAAGUAGAAGCGUUUCGCAAGGUCUUUUCCCCUAAACCAUCCCCGGCCGAUCUCUCUGACAUCCCUAUGGCCCUACUGCGUAAAGCAGUCCCCCGGGACUAUCGCAUCGCUAAGACCUACCGACCUAUAGUGCUCCUGAAUACCCUCGGUAAGAUCCUGGAGGCCGUAGCUACGGUACGGAUCGCCUGGGCCCUGGAGGAGCGUAAUCUCCUACCCAGGAACCAUCUAGGGGGCCGCAGGGGCAUCUCAGUCGACCACCUGACCCAGUUACUCCUUGACCGGAUCUUUGAGAGUUGGGGCAAGGACCGGAAGGUCAGCAUGAUGCUCCUAGACGUGGCUGGCGCCUUCGACAACGUCUCGCAUAUACGGCUCCUCCAUAAUCUACGUAUGAUAGGGCUCGGCUUCUUCGCCGGCUGGCUCAAGUCCUUCCUAUCAAACCGUUCUAUAAGGCUGCAGCUCCCCGGAUAUCUCAGCAACCUUAUUUUAAUCCCUACCGGGAUCCCCCAGGGGUCCCCCAUAUCGCCGAUCCUAUUCCUCCUAUUCAAUACCCCCCUCAUUCGCGCCCUAUCGAUCGACGGUAUUGAGGCCCUUCGGAUUCAGCCACCCCUCCUAGAGGGAGGCAAGACGGUCUCCUACGGGUGGAUUGACGAUGUUGCCACCCUGGCCAUCUCGGAUAGCUACGCGGUCAACCAGCGCCUUCUAGAGAGGGCCCUGGAUAAGGCUGCGGUAUGGUCAAGGCAGCAUUCGUCCAAAUUCGCCUCCGAUAAGUUCGAACUCAUUAAUUUCAAGAACCCGCUUCGCCAGGACCCUGUGCUAGAACGAUCCAGGAUUCAAACCCGCGCAGCUGUUCUUAUCAGUGGCGCGUUUCGUAACACGGCCUCGGCCGCAUUGGUGGCAGAGCUUUACCUCCCCCCUAUGCAAAUACAGAUGCAACAAACCAUUCAGGAGGCAGCCAUUCGGAUCCAAAUCGGGCCGGCUAUGGCCUGCCCCCGGGGGCUGCGCUGGGAAAGGUCGAAAGAGGCAUUCAAGGUCUCCGGAUACUCUCCGAUGGAAGCGCUGAAGUGGAAGAAAACAGGCCCGCUAUAUGCGUACGGCAGCAGGCAGGAGGAGUGGGAGACCAGACGGGCUCAUGUAUUGGCCCCAUGGGAGUUGCCCCUGAGGUGCAUCACCGAGGGGGCGGAGGAGGCAGUUCAGACCCACGAUAGAAUCUGCCGCGAGGACCGUCAGAUCUGGUAUACAGAUGGAAGCGGUUAUCAGGGGAUUAUCAGAGCUGCCGCGGUCUCUAUUCGAGCAGACAGGGCCGCUGGAAAGUACCUAGGAACGGAACUGGACUCUACGGCCUACGUGAGAGAAUUGGAAGGGGCCCAAAUGACCCUGGAUCGAGCGAAACCCACCCUGAUCACGGUCUUCUCAGAUAGCCAGGCAGCUAUUCAAGCUGUGCGCAACCCUGGCCGGCCAUCGGGUCAGUACGCACUGCGGACUAUCUACGGGAGGUUUAGGGCCCUGCGGAGCGAGGGCCUGGAGGAUAUUGAACUACGUUAG